UAAUUUGUCCUUGAAACAAAAACAAAACAAUCCAUUGGGUCAGUAUUUAAUAGGGAUAUUUUAUAUAUUUAUAAAUACAGAGACAACAAAUGAUCUUCACUAAUAAACAGUAACUUCUGGAAGAUCAGUGAAGGAGAUCGGCGUGUUUUGGACCAGUGGUGUGGAGAAACUGGAAUGUGAUUGUGGAACCUGCAGGCCUGAUAAACACAUGUCAGAUUUCUGUCGGAUCUGGAUUAUUUCUAUCCGGUUUUUUUAAAGGAUGCCAGUGUAAACCUUUAAAAUGAAUAAUCGCAUCGUGUUGCCUGUUGGUCACCGUGUGAGAUCGCCGUGUUCCAGUGCAGUUUGCGGUCUAACCCGGGAGCACCAGGCGGAGUAACCCGGGGACCGGAGCAGCACCACGUUGGGCUUGUGGUCCGUGUUCGGGCCGUUUCGCUGCAACUUCCCCCCCCCAACUUUACACUGGACUUCUUAUUGUCUUAUUGGACUACUUUAUUUUUUGUUUAUUUUUCUUUAUAAAAGCUUUGAAAACAAUACACCGGAUUUUAAGGAUAUUUUUUGGACCCUCCAGAAGAAGCACAAUGCGCCCGAACCCCGCAGUUUUACUGACUUUGCUCAGCCUUUUGUGGCAUUCCGGAUGUUUGGAUGCAGAAAUCUGCUCCAGCAAAGACAUCCGGAACGACGUGGCCAACCUGCGCUCUCUUGAAAACUGCACUGUGAUCGAGGGCCACCUCAAGAUCCUGCUCAUGUUCAAGACUCGAGCUGAGGAUUUCCGUGGCCUGACUUUCCCCAAGCUGGUGAUGAUCACUGACUACCUGCUGCUGUUCCGCGUCUAUGGUCUAGAGAGCCUGGGGGAUCUGUUCCCCAACCUCACGGUCAUCCGCGGCAACAACCUGUUCUUCAACUAUGCCUUGGUGAUCUUCGAGAUGCUGCAGCUGAAAGAGGUGGGGCUGCAUGGCCUGAUGAACAUAACUCGUGGUGCUGUGCGCAUGGAGAAGAACCCUGACCUCUGCUACCUCUCCACCCUCGACUGGUCCAAAAUCAUUGACUCAGUGGAGGACAACUACAUUGUGUUGAACAAAAACGAGCGCGAGUGCGGCGACAUCUGUCCUGGAACCAUCGCCGGAAAGAUCACUUGUGUCCAGACCACCAUCAAUGGCAAUUUUGGAGAACGUUGCUGGAACCACGAAUAUUGCCAGAGAAUUUGUCCUGCUGCAUGUAAAUACCACGCUUGCACCGCGUCCAAUCAGUGCUGUCAUGAACAGUGUCUGGGCGGCUGCUCGGCGGCGGGCAGUGCCAGCGCCUGUGUGGCAUGUCGUCACUUCCUGCAUGGGGACACGUGUGUGGAACGAUGUCCUUCCGGUUACUACACCUUUAAAGGGUGGCGUUGCGUCUCCUUCCAGUUCUGUCAGGACCUUCACAACCGCUGCAAACAGACGAAGACCAAAGACUGUCACCAGUACGUCAUUCAUGAUGGAGCCUGUAUCCCAGAUUGCCCUUCAGGAUACACCAACAUGGACUCCUCGUUAAACUGUACUCUGUGUGCUGGACUUUGUCCUAAGCUGUGUACCGGAGUGCACACGAUCGACUCUGUCACGGCGGCUCAGGCUCUGCGCGGUUGCACCGUCCUCAACGGAAGCCUCAUCAUAAAGAUCCGUGGAGGCAAUAACAUUGCAGCAGAGCUGGAGGCUAACCUGGGUCAGCUGGAGGAGAUCACAGGCAACCUGACUAUCCGGAGGGCUUACGCUCUUGUCUCGCUGUCCUUCCUAAGAAAACUUCGGCUCAUUCGUGGAGAAGCUCCAGAUAUUGGAAACUACUCCUUUUACGCGCUGGAUAAUCAGAACCUGCGCCAGCUCUGGGACUGGUCCAAACACAACCUGACCAUCCUGCAGGGCCGCAUGUUCUUCUACUACAACCCAAAACUCUGCCUGUCCGAGAUCCACACGAUGGAAGAAGUGACUGGGACCAAAGCACGACAAGUCAAAAAUGAAAUCGGACCUCGCACCAACGGAGAUCAGGCCUCUUGUGAAAACCAUCUUCUGAAUUUUACCAGCAUUCGCACGAUGGCCAAAUAUAUUCUGAUCACGUGGGAGCCGUUUUGGCCGCGUGACUUCAGAGACCUGCUGGGCUUCAUGGUGCUUUAUAAGGAAGCUCCAUAUCAAAACGUGACCGAGUACGAUGGACAGGAUGCUUGCGGUUCUAACAGCUGGGUGAUUACGGACGUUGAGCCGCCUGAGAGGAUGUCAGAUGCGAAGCGUGACCCUGGCUGUCUCCUGAUGCAGCUGAAGCCAUGGACGCAGUACGCCAUCAUGGUGAAAACACAGCUGUCUGUAUCUGACGAUCAGCAGGUCCAAGGAGCCAAGAGCAAAAUCAUCUAUGUCCGCACCAACGCCAGCCGCCCCUCUGUGCCUCUGGACCCCAUCUCCUCCUCUAACUCUUCAUCUCAGAUCACACUGAAGUGGAAACCUCCCACAGAGCCCAAUGGGAACAUCACGCACUACCGCGUGUCCUACCAGAAACAAGGGGAGGACCAUGAACUCUACAAGUAUGACUACUGCCAGAAAGGAAUGAAGCUUCCGUCUCGCACUCCCACAAACCCGAACCCGGACGUCAAUCUGAAAUGGAAUCAGACUGAAGAUCAGAAUCAGAACAUGAAGUGUUGUAGCUGUCCCAAAACUGAGACGCAGCUGAAGAAGGAGGCAGAGGAGCGCGAGUUCCGUAAGACCUUCGAGAACUACAUCCAUAACGAAGUCUUCGAACCCAAAUCACAACGUCGUCGUCGCUCGGUGGGCGUGGCAAACUCCACUCUGUCUCCCACUGUGACCCCGACCAAUUAUCUGGUGUCUCCUACUCCAAAGUCAGAAGAGAAGUUUGUUCUGAAGGUUGUGGGUAAAGAAACGAUAGUUAUCUCGAAUCUGCACCACUUCACCAGCUACCAGAUCGAGAUCCAGGCGUGUAACCACCCGGAGGAUCUGGAGUACUGCAGCGUCGCCACCUUUGUCAACGCCCGCACCAUGCCUGAGGCUAAAGCAGACGACAUCGUGGGUCGUGUGACUCAUGAGAUUCUCCCCGAAGAACCAGAGUUUGUGUACGUUAAAUGGCAGGAGCCCAAAUCCCCAAACGGCAUGAUCAUCUUGUACGAGGUCAACUACCAUCGUCUGUCUGAUAAUGAGGAGCUACAUCACUGCGUAUCGAGGAUCAGUUAUUAUAGAAUCGGCGGUUGUAAAUUGAGAGUUGGACAUGCAGGGAAUUACAGCGUCCGAAUCCGUGCCACUUCACUGGCAGGAAACGGAUCCUGGACCGAGCCGGUUUACUUCUACAUGCCAGACAGCUACAUGAAUUUGAAGAUCAUCAUUGUCCCAGUGAUUCUGCUCAUUCUUUCAGUCAUUAUUGGAAGCACUGUCUGUUUUGUACUCAGGAAGAAGCAAACUGAAGGACCCACGGGCCCCUUAAUCGCCUCAUCGAAUCCAGAGUAUAUCAGCGCAAACGAUGUGUAUAUUCCCGAUGACUGGGAGGUGGCACGCGAGAAGAUCACACUGCUGCGCGAGCUUGGCCAGGGCUCCUUCGGCAUGGUGUACGAGGGCAACGCCAAAGACAUCGUCAAAGGAGAAUCGGAGACAAAAGUCGCAGUCAAAACCGUCAACGAGUCUGCAAGCCUUCGCGAGAGGAUCGAGUUCCUCAACGAAGCCUCCGUCAUGAAGGCAUUCAGCUGCCACCAUGUGGUGCGUCUGCUGGGCGUUGUGUCAAAAGGACAGCCAACUUUGGUGGUGAUGGAACUGAUGACCCACGGAGAUCUGAAGAGUUACUUGCGCUGUCUCAGACCUGAUUCUGAGAAUAAUCCCGGCCGUCUUCCUCCGACGCUCAGCGACAUGAUCCAGAUGGCCGCAGAGAUCGCAGAUGGCAUGGCCUACCUGAAUGCAAAGAAGUUUGUGCACAGAGACCUCGCAGCUCGUAACUGCAUGGUGGCCGAGGACCUCACUGUGAAGAUCGGAGAUUUCGGAAUGACCCGGGACAUUUAUGAGACGGAUUAUUAUCGUAAAGGAGGAAAAGGCCUGCUGCCAGUCAGAUGGAUGGCUCCUGAAUCGCUGAAGGAUGGCGUGUUCACUGCUCACUCUGACUGCUGGUCAUUUGGCGUGGUCCUUUGGGAAAUCAGUACAUUAGCCGAGCAACCAUAUCAGGGACUCUCCAAUGAGCAGGUGCUCAAAUUCGUCAUGGAUGGAGGAUAUCUGGAUCGUCCUGAGAACUGUGCUGAGAGGAUGCACAACCUAAUGCAGAUGUGCUGGCAGUACAACCCAAAGAUGCGUCCCACCUUCACCGAGAUCAUUGAGAUGCUAAAAGAUGACAUUCACCCUUCCUUCCAGGAGCUCUCGUUCUUUUAUAGCGAGGAAAACAAACCUCCUGAAAGCGAGGAGUUCGACAUGGACUUUGAAAACAUGGAAAGCAUCCCGCUCGACCCAUCCUCGUACAACCAGAGGGAGGAAGGGAGCUUCAGCCGAGACAGCGGCCCCUACGACGAGCAUGUGCCCUACACACAUAUGAACGGGGGCAAGAAAAAUGGCCGAAUCCUCUCGCUGCCUCGCUCCAGCCCUUCAUAACAUUUCCUCAUCACGCUGCUCUGUUUUUCUUGAUUCUUUUUUUUGUUGUUUUUAAUGGUAAUAUUUUUUCAGAGGCCCUUAAAAACAGAUCUCAGGUCUUUUUUUUAUUAUUAUUUUUGGACUUUUUCCUGCUGUGGCGACAUUGCAAAAACUUCUUUUCAUCCAAAUCGCAGUUCGCUAAUGUCUCUUCAUUUUGCCAAGUUUCCUGGUCGAUGGAGAAAUAAUAAAAAAAAAACUGUGAAUAUGAACCUCUGGAAACCAGAAGGCUGCUUCAGCGAAACCUCUUUUCCCUCUCAACCUUUAUUACAUCUUGCUUUUUUAUUUCUUUUUUAAAUAAUGAGUGGCCUUUAUCGAGUGGCCUACAAAACAAAGAGAAUCCGAUUCCUCCAAACAAUGACUUUUUAAGACUCGGAGGAUAUGGACGAGGGAUGAAACGAAAUCUUCUAAGAACAAACAACGUCUUUUUGAGCAAAGGAGGAUUUUACUUGGGGGAGGAUCUUGGAUCCUUUUUCCCCCCUUUUUUUCUCGCCGAUCCUCUUUGAUGUUUGGUGAAUGCGUUUUUAAUUUAUUGUUUUUUCUCCUCCACUUUCUUAGUUUUUGCUCAUAUCCUUUUUUUUAUGACUGAAGGAUAUUUAAAACAGUUAAGGAUUGGACAGGGGCGUCUCCUCAAGACUGACCAAACAGCUGCUGCUUUGAAAUCUAAUGGGUAUAAAUAUAUAAUAUAUACGAUAUAUAGAAUAUUGAUGGGAUGUCAAUAUUAUAUAUAUAAUAGAGGCAACAUUUGAGAAUUUUGUACAUAGUUCAGUUUUUUUUUAUGUUUUCAACAGAUAUCAUAUUUUUCAAUGAGUGUCUUUUUAUUUAAAAGGUUCUUACCCUUUACACAGAAUCACACACUACUCAACACUCACACAGGAAAAUGCCUGUCAUUAGUAACAUGACGUCUAGGGGGCGCUAAUUACAGCAAGAUAGACGGCGAGACCACAGAUUGUAAAACCCCGUAUUUUAGCCAAUAUCUGUUGCUAUUAUUGGUUUGUUUUUGACUCGCUGCGUUUUAGGGUUUUGUUUAAUAUUUCAGCUGAUAGCAGAGAAUCACUUCAGGGUUUUAACCGAACCUACAGAAAAUCUCUGAAAGAAACAUUUCCUGUCAAAUUAUAAAUGUCAGCAACAAGAUGGCAGCAUCGGAAGAGCACUACACCCAAAAUCGCUAAAUAGUCCUUUACCUGAGGUACAAAAUGCUUCGGAACACAUUGCUAGCUAGCUAAAGGUUUAGCAGAUGAGCUACUAGCCACUGUGAAACAAACAACAACAGUACACUUUUGUGGGCUACACAAUAAUAUCACACCUCACAUCAUUGUUUUUAUUGUCUUCACUUUGUCCAUAUGCCAACUUAUUACCUCAGAUACAAUUUUCUUUUAUUGUUUUAGUGUCAAACAAAUGGGUACCGAUUAGUAAUAAUGAUUAGCCUGUGCAGUGACGUUUUUGAGGACUGUAAAGGUCACGAGGCUUGAUGUAGAAGCAUGAGAUUAGGUGAAAUCAUACAGCAGUCAUCAAGACAUUCCAGUGAGCUUUUCAGAUUUCUCAAUUCAACUAAGGAAAAUGGGGAAGGGAAAUCUCCAUUGUGUUUUGGAUUGGCCAAAAAAAACAGGAAGAAUGGUGGACAUUAGAAGAAGUGGUGUCUGAUCACCUCGGGUUCCACGAAAUUAAACCCAACAUUUGGACCGAGACUAGAUGAAUGAGAAGAGACUGCUAUUAGUUUUCAGUAACCGACGUUGUAAAGUCAUGUUCAGAAGAUUUUAGGAUUGCAUUUCUAUAGUUUGUGUCGGUGGACGUGUCUUUAUUCAUGGUUAAGCAGGUGAUACAGGAUCGGUGCGUGUAAAGAGCGGCUUUUCGAUGAUGAAUAUAACCUAGCAGGAUAUUAAACUACAAUUUAGCAUUGCUGUUCAUUCUUCUCAAUUCCAUAAAUACUAACAUGGCUGAAAAAACCACUGGAGUAUCCAGAAGUUGACUUUUGUGCCUUUCUUUAACUUCCACAGAUGUUAACACGGCUGACAAAUGACACCCAGAAAUACUAAAAUAGGCAACUAGAUUAUUAAACUCUAGGGUUUAACUUUGAUUAAAUGGCACCACGGUGAACGAUUAGCAAAGCGCUAAUCUGUACUGUGAAGUCAGAACGAACUUUACUAUCGAUUCAGUCAAAAAUAGUUAGCGCAAUGACACCAGCGAAGUUAGCAUUAUUGUUUGAAAUGUAUACUUUUCUAGAUAAAAAAUAGCUGGAGUGUAUAAAUUCCCAAAGUCAGAAUUAGCAUUUCGGUUCAGGAAGUGUUGACUUCCAGAACUAAUGAGGCAAAUGGAUGCUAUGAAAGCAUUAAAACCCUGGAGUUAGCGUUACCUUUUACCAAAAAAAUAAGAUGCUAAGCUUAGCCGAGGCGUUUUGAAUGCAGGUGUUCAGAUAUUUAUAGUUAUUGCUAAUGUUUUGAAUCAUAUAAAUCUCCUCACUGCUUUUUUAAACUCUGCUCAUGAAGGUGUGUGGAAAUCUUAAACAAGACGACAUAUCGCUGAUGUUUCACAUAUAUUUAUUUUUAUUAUCACUAACCCAAGGUACAUCUUAGUUCAGAAAAGUAAAGAGAAGCAGGUAUUACGGCUCAACAGUCAAAAUCAGUUUAGUAAUGACGUUGAUUCUAUUUUUUGGACACAGUCUACCUCAGUCAUUUACAGAAUAUAGUCAGGCGGAGGAUGUCCCUCUCUUUCUCGCUUUUUCUCUAUCUUUCGCUCGCUCUCUCUCUCUCUCUCUCUCUCUGAACUGUUAUUCAGUUAACAAGUUGAAGUUCGAUUAAUGUCCAUAACCAGAGUUACUAAUUUUUUAUUAGCAUUAAUUUAUCUUUUUUUGUUUUUGUUUUUUCCUGUAGGAAAAAAAUAUUGUUUCAACUGAUCACAUCACAAUAUGUUUCAUUAGAAAGCCACUGAAAUGGGAUGUAAUUGAAAUAUAAAAAAAUACACAUAUAUUCACACCAGGACACGACAAAGUUCCUGGGAUGGUUGACGCUUGGUAUUUACAUGAACCUGUUACUGUAAGACAGGGUCUCUAGACGAGAGUACACUUUAGAUUGAGCGCCCCCUGUUGAAGUUUAGUUUGUGUGUUUUUGGGUGUAUGUGAUUACCAUUAAUUAGUGUUUCAUCACUUUCUUGCACUGGGUAAAGAACAGAAAAGUCGGUUUACUCCAAACUUGUGUAGGACGUAAAUCUGGAUUAGCAUAAAAAGACUGGGUGCACUAGCUGUGUACAAUCGUCAACAGUCUCUGCUAUUUUCUUCCAAGAUAUUUUGUAUGUCUCUUUAUUUGUUAAAUGAGAGGUUGGACAUGGGAAUGAGUGGAACAUCUUUCAUCUUUCCAGAUGGUCCACUAGAUUUUGGAGUGUGCUUGUGGAGAUUUGUGUUAGUAAAGUCAGGUACUGAUGGUAGAUGUGGUGAGGAGGCCCGGGGUGAGGUCAGCGUUGCAUUUCACAAAAGGUGUUAAAUAGGGUUGGGGUGAGGGCUCUAUAGCAGAAGAUCUUCCACUCCUUUGCUUUGUGCACAGGACCAUUGUCUUGCUGGUUUGGGUCUCCUAGUUCAAGUGAAUAGAAAAUUACCAGCGCAUCCAAUUGUCUCCCUCAUACUUUUGUGGUAGCAGAUUAGUGAAGAAACACAAAUUUUUGGAAGUCAGGUGUCCCAAUACUUUUGUCCAUAUAGUAUAUAAAUUGGCUUUUAUGUGAAUAUGGAGUGAAAUAAACUUCUGUUCUUUUCACAGUUAAGAGCAACAUUUAGAAACGUCUUGUCAGUGGUAAUCACACACACACACUACACGUGAUGGAUAGUGAGCAUGUUGAAUACUUUAAAGGUUUUCCUUUCAUUAAAUGGGGAAAAAAAGGAGACGUUACAUUCAGUAUCACAGAAACCUCAAACAAUACCAGUCAGUUUCUUCACACAUGGAGUUUUAUUGACAUAUUUUUUUACAAAAAAAAAAAAGAUUGUGGAGGUCUGUCACAGGACACGGAAAAAUCCAGCAAAAGCUUUUUUACGCUUUUGGUUUGUUCUGCUCAUGUCGAAUAAUUUCUCUUGUUUUGGACAAAAAUAUCUAAAUCCCCUGUUCAUGUCCUGAUAAAAAAAAAGUUUUCCUUCUAGUAUCAACUGAAUGUGUUUCCUGUUAAAUUUUUUAUUAUUAUUUUUUUGUCUGUUGUCAAUGAAUUUUUCCUGACUGUGAAAAUGGAGAGUUAUUGCUAGCAUUGUUCAUGGCUUCGGGGGAGAUGGACACUACACGACUUCCCUUGUGCAUGGGUUAGCUCUUCUAGGACAAUCCUGUGUGCCAAAAAAGUACUUUUUUUUUUUUUCCAUGUAUCCUUUUUUUUUUUUUUUUUUCUUCCUUUUUUUUUUUUUUUUUUUUUUUUUUUUUUUUCCAAAACUCGGCUAUCGAUGAAUUCUCAGGAAGGCUUGGACAUGGGAGGCUCGGCUCGCUCCUCCCUCAGCCUCUUGAACGUGCUACAAAUUCGUCAUGCUCUUUCGAUUAUUUUAUUUUCUCCGGCGGAUUUUAGAGACGUGAGUGAAGCGUAUAUGGCGCACCGUGUAGCCUAAAGGCCCUUACCCACAGUGCCUUGCACAGACUUCAAACCAAACCCAGCCAUCAGAAUCCCCUGGAUUUGGAGCUUGAAACGUCAAUCCCAGACGGAGAGAAGAGUCUUGUUUUGGACACUUCCUGUAGUAUUGACUCACAUCAGUGGGGUUUUAAAUGCAUAGUCUGAGUAAAAGGUGAACUUUUAAAGGGGAUAAAGCUUUUUUUUUCUUUUUUCUUCCAUCCCCCUUCUGCUUGGCUCACUAUAACUCUAUGGGUAUAUGUGAAUGAUGUUCAUGUUUUCUUUUUUGUUUUUCCUUGUGUUUUAUUUUUAAAAGCUGAACUUGUCUCUGCUUGGAGUUGCUGUGGCUUUUUUUUUUUCUUUUAACGCAGCAAAGUGAUAAUUUUCCUCAUCAACUGUCUCUCAGUCCCUGAUCUAUCUCCAGAAUAUGAUCCCGGUGUGAAAGAACCCACCAAUAGUCGCAAUUGCAACUAUUUAAAAAAUAUAUAUAUAUAUAUAUAUAUAUAUAUAUAUAUAUAUAUAUAUAUAUAUAUAUAUAUAUAUAUAUAAAAAACAUGAUGGAAAAAUGUCAUACUGUAGAUGCAGCAGUUUCCCCGCAAACACACAGCACUUAAUUUCAUAUUUCAGAUCAUUUUUUGUUUCCCCAUUAGAGAAAGAAGCUGACAGUGUGACAGGCUGAAGACAAGACAUUGUAUGUAUUUUAUUGUUCUUACAAAAAUGAAAAAAAAAGAGAGAGAGAAAAAAAAGUAUUACAUUAUUAGAGAGGUUCAUUUCUAUUUUUUUAGCCAAAAAAAAAAAACCCCAAAAAAAAACAGGGAGGGGCAAAACUUCAAGAACUACUUUUCUGACUGUAAACUUUUUUGCUAUUCUUGUACAUUAUCAAAAUGAAAUUUGCAUUACAAAGUGUAUAUAGUUUUUUUUCCAAGAGGAAAGAAAAGGAAAAAAAAAAAAGGCGGGGCGUUCUUUUUGGUCACCGCAUUUUGGGCGUUUCUUAUUUUUUUCGUACAGCCGCUCGUUCGCCGUCCUAGCAUCAUCACUGUCCGUUUCUGAGCGUUUUUUUAUAUUGCAGAUCACCUUUGUAUGUCUGUGUGUCUGUUUUUGUGCUUUGUACGAUUUGGAAUUCUCUCUGUGGUGAUGUGGGAAAACUGAACAAGGAUGGUGGAGGUUCUUUAAGGUCGCAUUUGACUUGAAUUUUUUUCCUCCCAAAAAAGCUUAAAUAAUAAACCAAUGGUUCAGUGAGAAAAUUUAUACCCAGCUGCUUUUGGUUAAGGGGCUGAUAAAGCGAACAAGUAAAACAUUUCACUUGUGAAAGUGUAGUCUAGGAUCAGGAGCUAAAACUCGUGUAGCAGUACACUGGAACAUUAACGGUGCUGCCAUUUUUUGUUUUUGGUGUCAUUUAAUGUCGCUUCAUUCCUUAAGCUCUGCCCAUGAAAACAUUUACUUAUAAUGUGGAACUUGAAUGAUGUGUUAACUUACAGCAGUUUGGUGCAACGUCCAUCGUUAAUUUUGUGGGCAAGGCCUAAGGAGUGAGGCAACAGUAAAUUACUCUGGAGCGUUACCGUCGCAGCCAUGUUUUGUUUUUGUCAUUUGGUAUCACUUUACUUAUUAGGACCUGCCAUCAAUUUGAAAGAUGGUGUUUCACAUGAAUCAAAAUGUCUAAACUUUGGAAGUUAGGGGAGUUUUAGGGAGUUGGUAGCUCAGUUGUUAAGGCUCUGGGUUACUAAUUGGAUGGUCGGUCGUUCAAUCCCUAUAUAUCGCCAAACUACCACUUUUGGGGCCCUUAAGCAAGACACUUAACCCUCAUUGCUGACCCUGUACUCUGACCCCAGCUUCCAAACUUCACUCAGAUAUGCAAAAGAAAUGUGGGAUCAAUAAAUGAUUCUAGAAUGAAAAAAAUUAUAAAUAAGCAAAAAAGUACAGACAAAUGUACAUUUAAACGGUAACUGUUUCAUGGUUAAUAAGAUGAUGGAUUUCUCUUCAAAUCCCAGGACCAUCCGCUGAGCCCCUGAGCAAGUCCCUUAACCCUUACCUGCUCAGAUCUAUAAAUGGGAUCAAGUUUCUCCUGGAUAAGGGCAUCAGCCAUAUGUAAAUUAUAAAUAUACCCAACUGUUGCUCCUGUUUUGUAAAAAUGAGGUAUGAAGAUUAAUUCCUGAACUUGUAUUGAUUGAAAGUGUCUCGGGUGAGACGUCCAUUACUUGUUCGCUUGUUAAUUUCGAUGCAAACGAAUACCCAAUUUUAUAUCAUCAAACCUAAUUUUUCUGUACGAGAAACCUUUUUCCACUUCUUAAUUUUUCCUGUCAUUUCCUGGCCGUGUGUCAUCAGACACACUGAUAUGUGUGAAACGGUAUUCGGUGAGGCCACCCCACACACACGCACACACACGCACACAAACACGAGACGGAUCCUCGGCCGUGCCAUCAACCUUGCAUUGCUUACACACUCCUGUGUGUCUAUGUGUGUAUAUAAAACCACAAUCACAAGCUCCAUAGCGGAAAGAAAAGCAACUGUAUCGGAUCAAAAAGUGCCAUGAUUAGCCGAAAGUCCCGCUUUAUUACUUUUAUUUUGUUGCUGUUGUUUUUUCUUCCUCACUGAGAGCCAAGCAGUGAUAUGUACAGAAAAAAAUGUUGAAUGAUAUGGAAAAAAAAUCUUGCUGUGUGUAAAUUAUUCAACGAUUAACUGUUUAUAUAAAAGAUUAUGAAUAAAAAAACUUAUUGGAGAAAAA